ACUUCACUUCACUUCCGCGUCGCCGUUGUGUUCAGCUGUGAUUGGAAGUAGAGUUCACUGAGCUUUCCCCCCCCUACCUGAGUUAUGGAAAUACACUCUUUCUUAUUGAGUUGAUUCAACUUGUAAAUCUCAUGAGCGUGUAUCUUCUUGUAUAUUCUGGAAAAUAUUCUAAAAAGACACGAAGCAAAGCAGGAAAAAGAAAGCUAGCAUUUUAGCUUGCCCCUCUUUUUUUUGGACAGGUGAUCUCUGUCAGUGGCUGCAGGGUUACCUGUGGAAGAUGGAUUUUCUCUGUGAAAUAGUCCAAGCCCUGGUCGCACUGGCAGCUCUAUGUUUGAUAGUGGUGCUCGUAAUCGCUCACGUCACUGCCAAGAUGGUGAACCUGACACGCCACGAGAAAGAGAAAAUUUUUCUUACAGCCGCUGGAGAGAAGGAGCUUUUCCCAAGCUUACACGAUCCCCACUCCAGAGAGCUGUCUGUGGUGAUACCGGCCUACAACGAGGAGCUCCGAAUGCCUGUGAUGCUCGAGGAAACUAUGGAGUACUUGGAAAACAGACAGGCAAAGCAUCCCUCUUUUACCUAUGAGGUCAUUGUGGUUGAUGAUGGCAGCAAAGACAAAACCACAGAGGUUGCUAUGCGGUACACCAGGGAGUACGGCGCAGACAAAGUGCGAGUCCUGACGCUGGUGAAGAAUAGAGGGAAAGGAGGAGCUGUGAGGAUGGGAACUCUGAGCUCCAGAGGGAAACUCAUUCUGAUGGCAGAUGCUGACGGAGCCACAAAAUUUUCUGACCUGGACAAAGUGGAGGCUGGACUUAAUGACCUCGACCCUAAACCAGAGAACAUGGCAAUUUCCUGUGGUUCCAGAGCUCACCUGGAGCAAGACUCUGUAGCUCAGAGAUCUACGUUUCGCACAUUCCUGAUGUAUGGAUUUCACUUCCUGGUGUGGUUCUUUUGUGUGAGAGGGAUCAAGGACACACAGUGUGGGUUUAAGCUUUUCACACGUCAGGCUGCCCUCAAGACCUUCUCCUCGCUCCACGUAGAGCGAUGGGCUUUUGAUGUGGAGCUUCUGUAUAUCGCCCAGUGUUGUAAAAUCCCCAUAGCAGAGGUGGCCGUCAACUGGACUGAAAUAGAAGGGUCCAAACUGAUCCCGUUUUGGAGCUGGUUGCAGAUGGGAAUAGACCUGAUCUUCAUUCGCCUGCGUUACAUCACAGGAGCCUGGAAGCUGCAGUCGCCUGAAAAGACAGACUAGCCAAUCAGACGAGCCCAGGUGUCAUAGAGGCAGCCUAUGAUAGGGCAGUCAAUCCUUUGUAUGAGGUGGGAUUAACGGCUGUGUCCGUCAUUUCCUGUAAUCAAGAGAAAAGUUCAAAAAAGAAAAGUAUUUUAUUUUUUUUUCAGACGUUUUUCUAUUCAGACGUCAUCAGAUGUGAAGGAAUGACACAGUUGUGAGCUCUUGGAUGUCCUGCCUUUUUUUUGUUUUUAUUAUCGGGUUCUGGCUUGUGAUGGCCGUUGUUACAAGCACAUUUCUGUUGUCACGGUAACAGAAUGUCUCUAUGACUGGUCUGUGUACUAAGUUACUCAACCUUUAUUUUGUGGCCAAUCAGCUGUGAGUGAGAAAGACUUGUAUUGAAAAGUGAAUGAUCUGAGAAUCAGUGCGUAAUGGCUGACUGAUGGUAGAAUGAAUGUUAUAUUAGAUUUAAAAAAGGGAGGGAUUGUAUAUUUGAGGAGGCUUGGGAAUGGGGUAAUGGGCAGGAUGACUUGAACCAAAAUAAAAACAAUUCAUACAUCA